CAAAAAAACUUUCUUAAGAUUUCUCUAUUCAUGAUCUAUUAUCUCCCUCAUUAACUUUUAUUGUGACUACUGUUAUGUUUAGAGAGAGAGUUGUCAAGGUGUGCCAAUCCCGCGGCAGGGGGCAGAGUUUGUCGGCAGCCUGGCAGGAUAUACCCAGGGCGAAACUUAACUCUACCCGCCUACUUGUCCGGCUCUAUAAAAGACAUGGGCUCCACCAACACGGUCUGCUGUCUGCUAUAGCAACCGAGAAGUGAAUUCAGCAACAAGAAAAGGGCCUGGCCUGGACGGAGUUACUGAACGCUUAGUAGUUUGUUUUUCAGAGCUUUGUGCUCCACGUUUAAGCUAGUUUAGUUCACAAGAGAGGGACAUAUUUUUAUUUAGCAGCGAAGCUUAUCUCCUUAACUCGAGAAGAGGGAAGUGACACGUUCAACGCUGUGGGGACGUAGCUAAGUUUACGUUAGAUACAUUACUACAUUCAUUGUGACCAGCGUGGCUUGAAGGGAAUCACACAUUCUCACAUCUCCAACAAGUUAAGCUCUUUUCUAAACAAGCCAGUCUGAGAAAUAUGGAUGAUGAUGCGCAGGCAGAAUUGGACUCGGUGGAGGCAGAGUUGGAGUUGGUGGAGCUGAAAAUCGCAGAGCUUCUACAGAAACAAGCUGAGUUGACCGCUCGAAAGAAUGCUCUGCUGCAGCAGCUGGAGGAGGCCUGUGAUGCUGCGCAGCCUUCAUCCUCUUCAUCCUCAUCUUCUUCAAAGUCAUCUAAAGCUGGUCCAGCAAUGAGCAAGCAGGAGAUGCAGCGUUACGACGGCACAGAUUUUCCAUGGUCUAAAGAAGUGGAGCAGCACCUGAAGAAUACAUUCCAUUUCUCCAAGUUCAGACCGUUGCAGCUGAGGGCUGUCAACCUGACCCUGUCAGGCAGGGAUCUGUUCCUGGUGAUGCCCACAGGAAAAGGAAAAAGCCUCUGCUACCAGCUGCCUGCAGUCUGCUCCAAGGGUUUUACACUGGUAGUCACUCCCCUGGUAUCCCUGAUGGAGGACCAGAUCAUGUACCUGAACUCCAUUAACGUGCCAGCAGCCAUGUUGAACGCUUCCAGUAGCAAGAACCACGCCAAGACAGUCAUGGCUGGAAUGACGGCUCUCGAUGCCCCUUUCAAGCUGGUGUACGUGACUCCAGAGAAGAUCGCUAAGAGCAAGCUGCUCAUGUCUCGUUUGGAGAAAGCCUACAAGGCAAACCUGCUGAGUCGUAUUGCUGUGGAUGAGGUGCACUGCUGCAGCCAGUGGGGACAUGACUUUAGACCAGACUACAAACUGCUGGGCAUCCUGAAAAGGCAGUUCCCUGAAGUCCCACUGCUCGGCCUCACAGCUACAGCAACCAGCAGCGUCCUCAAGGACUGCGAGAAGAUCCUGUGUGUGAAACAGCCAAUCACACUCACUGCAUCCUUCAACAGAACUAAUCUCUACUAUGAGGUUCGUAUUAAAGAUUCUGACAAGGAUGCAUCAACAGAUGAGAUUGCCUCCCUGAUCAAGAAGAGAUACAAAGACCAGUCAGGGAUCAUCUAUGUGUUCUCUCAGAAGGAUGCAGAGUUGGUGUCAUCUGAACUCCAGAAGAGAGACAUCCUGGCCUAUCCCUACCAUGCAAACAUGGACCCUGAAGAUAAGUCCAGCGUCCACCGCAAGUGGACCUUGAGUAAAAUCCAGGUGGUAGUUGCCACGGUGGCUUUUGGCAUGGGCAUCGACAAGCCUGACGUCAGAUUUGUCAUCCACCACACCAUCAGCAAGUCCAUUGAGAACUAUUACCAAGAAAGUGGACGUGCAGGCCGAGACGACAAUCCAGCAGACUGCAUCGUCUACUUUGGCUUCUCUGAUGUCUUCAGGAUCAGCACCAUGGUGGUAAUGGAGAACGUUGGUCAGCAGAAGCUGAGGCAGAUGGUCGAUUACUGCCAGAACAUCGACAGGUGUCGGCGCUCUCUUAUGGCUGUUCAUUUUGACGAAGUGUGGGACGAUGAAGGAUGCAGCCAGAUGUGCGAUGCUUGCCGCCAUGCAGAAGACGUCAUCACGGUGGACAUUACCCAGCAUGCCAGACAGGUCGUGCAGAUUGUGGAGCUAGCGGCGUCCCAGGGUGAGAAGCUGACUCCUCUGAAGUUGGUGGAGGCAUGGAUGGGGAAAGGCCCAGCCAAGCGCAGGAAGAUGAUCCAGACCACCACUCUGUCUCGGCUUCAGGCUGAAGCUGUGAUUUUGCGGCUGCUGCUGCAGGACUAUCUUGGUGAGGAUUUCAGCUUCACUCCAUAUACUACUUACUUCUACAUGAAGCUGGGCCGCAAAGCUCCUCUGCUGAAGAACCAGACUCAUACAGUCAGCAUGAAGAUGAGACCGGUGGGGACUGGAGGUACUGUGGACACAUCGUCUGUUGUUAAAGCCAGUGAGGAGGAGACUGAUGUGACCUCUGACCCCAUCGUCAUGAGCAACUACUCUCCCACACAACCCAAACAGAAACUAUUUAAAGAACAGAGGAACCUAUCCCGGAAACGAGAGCUGAAACCAGUCGGACAGACAGAUAGAGUAAAAGACCUUGUGGCGGACAGGCAUGGAGCGGAAGAAGAGGAUAGGAAAAGAUCCAACUUUCAUCAACAUGUGGUUGAGGUUGAUGUUGAAAUUAACAUUCUAGAUAACAGUGAUGGUCAGAAAACACCAUCACAUCCAGUUAAACCUUAUUCCAAACGCAAAUCCACCACCCCGCAGAGAGUGAGGAGGAAACCCCGUGCUGAUGUAGCAGCAGUGGAGAUUCCCUCUCCUUCCCCUGGUGGUGACACCAAUAUCAAUACUGUGCCCAGCUCUCCAUCCCAGGCCUCUAUCAUCUCUGAGACCGCAGCUGAGGAGCUCUGCAACCUGAGGAACUACUACAGCAAACAGCUGAGGAGAAUAAACUACAUUUCCAAUGAAUAUCUUGGGCAACCUGCAGAGCCAGGAGUGCUGGCAUGUAUCAGCGAGCCUCUGAGGAGCCUCCGUCUGCCACGCGGGGCAACCAUCGCCCAGACGGCCCGCAGCUUGUGGACACGAGUCAGCAGCAGGAGGAAGCUGGUUCACCGGUGACAUCACGGACAUUCAGUCAGCUGCAGUUAGGUGUGAUGUUAACAGGUGUGUUAUCACAGAACGUUUGCAGCGAUUAAAGAAGCAUGUGUAGGAUUUAAAAAUGUCAGAGUUUAUAGCCACCUGGUGGUACUAUCUAGUGGCUGCCAACCUGGCAACAAAUACCCCACAAAUCUGACCUGGGAACACUGAGAUGAAUGGACUAACACAUAAUUUGAUUUUGUUUUUCUAUAAACAAAAAUGUGCUAUGAGAAUAAUCUGAAAGAUGUUGUUUCAUUCCUCAGUUACCGUGUUGCCAAUUGGUGAAUGUCUUCAUGAAUAUAAUAUGAAGUUUUGAAUGCUGAUGUAAAGCUCUACUUAUAUCUUUAUUUGUCAAAAAGGAGAAGGAUUUUGAUUAGUACAUUGUUUUGGGGUUUUUGAAGUUUUUGUCUGCUACAAGUCUGUAUCUUGUGUUGUCCUUUGAGGAAAAUCAGAUAUAUAUUUUUAUUGGUUUCUUAAUGGCACCCCCUGCCCAUAUUAAAUAUAAAUGCUGCUGGUUCUUGGUCCAUCAAAGUGGACAGCUUUAAUAUAGGCAUUCAACAUCUUAAAUCAGUUGUCAGAUUUAUGUCACUGGCUGACAGUGACAUUGACUGAGUCAGACAGCAGCCUGAAACUGCCUGUUUUGUGAUUAACUAGAUCUCUUCAAGCUUAACCUUUGUCACCACACUGUCUUAGCUGUCAGAACUGCAAUAUGAAGUUAUGUCAUUCUUGAGACCUUUAACCAUCAGAUCUCAACUUGAGAAACACCUUUAUGUGAGGUUCUUGUUCCCGAAGCUGCUUAGCUGGAGCUAUUGUGACCAAACUACAUUUCCAUCAAGUUUAAAGUCUAGAUAAAUGAGGAAUUUGAAUGGAACAUGUAGAGGGCCUUUGUCCUGAGAUAUUUCUGUUUUAUAUUCUAACUUUCUUUUGGUUUGUUAAGCAAGUUUCUCUGGUGGGAAUAAAGUGGAUUCACUGGCAAAUAGUUUGAUUUGAAUUUUGAACGAGCACUAUUCAGAAAUUGUAUUUUCUGUUAGCUAUACACUAAAAGUAAAAUUUUAAAAGUUUGUCAUGAUAUGCCUCUUAUUGAAAUGCUUUUUGUCAUAUACUGUAGGUAUCAACUGACGGUUUCACUAAUGUUUCUUUCAAUUCAAUUCAGUUCAGUUUAUUUAUAUAGCGCCAAUUCACAACAAAAGUUAUCUCAUGACACUUUCCAAUUAGAGCAGGUCUAGACCUCUUUAACUAAACUGUAAUACAGAGAGCCCAACAUUUCCCCUUGAGCAAGCACUUGGCGACAGUGGUGAGGAAAAACUGCCUUUUAGAAGGCAGAAACCUCGGAGCAGACCCCGGCUCAAGAUGGGCGGCCAUUUGCCUUGAAACAUGCCCAUGUAGUCAUAAUCAUUAUACAGUCAUGUGUUGGUGUUUAACAAAGUGUAAAAAGCAAGUAUGGGGCAAGAUUCAACACUUUGUUAAACACCAACAAAGUGUUGCUUUCUAGGAGGCCCCUUUCAUACCCAGUCAUGAUUCUGUCCCAUUACCAGUGAACCUGUUUACUUGUCAAAUGUUCUAAACAAGUAUUUUUUGAGCGGUACACAACUUUCCCAGUCUUUUUUUCUGGCCCUGUCCCAACUUAAUUGAAACAUGUUGUUGGCACCAAUUUCAGAAUAAGUGUGUAUUUACAAAGCUCAGUGACGUUGAAGUCAGACAUUAAAUAUAUUGUCUUUGUACUGUUUUCAAUGAGUACACACCCA